AUGAAGAUAAUAAAUAGGAAGGAUAUAAUUAAUUUUAAGGAUAUAGUACAAGCGAAUGCUAUUGCUUUGGAGUUAUGCGCAUUUAUGGUGCCGGAUUUUAAAGGUAUAUGCGACAGGAUUUGGUACGGAAUGAGAUUCAUACUGUAUGUAGUUGGUAUUUAUGGUACUCAGCUCUUCAGUGAAAUUAUUAACUUCCUAUAUCUUCAAGGAUCUAUAAUAGAGAUCGCAUCUGCAAGUUUUCUUUUCUUAACCCAUCUUGUACAAGUUCUGAAAGUCAUUUAUCUGUACAAACAUAGCAGCAGAAUAAAAUUACUGAUAAAGUCUAUAAAUAGGCCAGCGUUUCAGCCCAAAUCGGAAAAACAGAAAAAUAUUUUAGAAGGAUAUAUCAGAAAAUCAAAAAUAGUCAGUUACGGCUUUUGGGGAGCUUGUGUAUGCACUUGUACAUUUUGGGCGACCUAUCCUUUCACGGAAGAAGAACUGAGGCUGCCAUUGGCAGGAUGGUUCCCAUUUUGUGUAACUACUUCUCCAAAUUUCGAACUUGCUUUUAUUUAUCAAUUCAUUGCUUCUACAUUGAACGGUUUGUCCAAUAUUAGUAUUGAUACAAUGAUGUCAGGUCUAAUAAUGGUCGUAUGUGCACAAUUAAGUAUCCUAAACGAUUCGUUUAUGAAUAUCCGCCAUUUUGCUGAAUUGGAAGUCGGGCAUGAGUUCAGAGAUGAUAAUGGCCGAAAUGAAAUAUCGCCACGAUUACAGGAUACAAUGAACAGAAAAUUAGCAGAAUGUGUCGUACAUCACAAGUGCAUUCUAGAAUUCAAGGACGAGUUUCAGGCGUUAUUUUCAAACAGUAUUUUAGGUCAGUUUAUAGUGAGCGUAAUCAUAAUAUGUAUCACUAUGUUCGAAAUGACAUUGAUACCAAUUGGAAGUCUACAGUUUUUCUCUAUGGUGCUAUAUCAAUACUGUAUGCUAUUAGAAAUAUUCCUAUGGUGUUACUAUGGAAAUGAAGUUAUUAUGAAGAGUCGCAAGCUGACCGAAUCUGCUUAUAAAUCUGAUUGGGUUUCGUGUGGUGAGGAAUAUAAGAAAAAAAUUAUUUUUAUCAUACUACGAACUCAAAAGGAGAUAAACAUUCAAGCGGGGAUGAUUUUCACAUUGUCACUGAGUACAUUUGUGAAGAUACUCAAAUCAUCUUGGUCGUACUUCGCAGUACUAUUGAACUGGUGGAGAGAAUGGAGCAAAGGGAUUCGCCCUCGUAGGAGCAAUAUUUGUUCAAGUAUCGAUAAUUAUUCAAGAACACCUACAAACAGAAUUCAGAAGUUGUUAUGUUUUUUCUUUGGUGGUAUAGUAAUCGCUGAGUUGGCAAAUCUUUAUUUGAGCAUCGGAGAUCUACAUGAAAUGAUGAAAGCUUUAUUCCUCACAUUGACAAACUUAGUUUCAAUUGGAAAAUUCUACGUAAUAUGCAAAAAUCAAAAACAUCUACUUUGUCUAGCCGAUAAAAUAAAUCGUGAAGAAUUUCAACCUAAAUCAUUGAAACAAGCUAAAUGUCUAAAAAAAUAUAUCAGUCUGUCUAAAAUAAUAUCCUUCAGUUUGUAUACCGGAUGUACGUUGACCUGCGGUUUUUGGUCAAUUUAUCCCUAUACGGAAGAAGAUGGUCCGUUUUUGCCAAUAGCGGCGUAUGUACCUUUCAAUACCAGUAAUUCCCGUGUAUUUGGUUUAGUUUAUGCUUACGAAAUUAUUGCUACCUUGAUUGGAGGAUAUACAGAUUUAAGCGUGGACGCUCUUAUGGCAAGUUUAAUCAUCGUUAUAUGUGCACAAUUGCAUAUUUUAAAUGAUUCCUUAAUUAAUCUGAAUCAAAUGGCGAGGAAAGAGCUGGAACGAAAGAGAUCUACGUGGAUUAUUUCAUCUAAAAGGGAAGAUAUAAUUAACCAGAAACUUAUUGAAUGCAUUGAGCAUCAUAGAGCUAUAAUCGAUUUUGCUGAUAAUGUAACUGGACUCUUCACAAUGUGUAUGUUUUGGCAAUUUGUCGUUAGUGGAUUUGUUUUUUGUGCAACUUUUUUCGAAAUGACAAUGACCAACACAGGACUAAAACAGAGAGAUCCGUUAUCCACUAAACUGUUGAGUAUAGUAUUAGAAUGGAUAGUACGUGAAAUCGGUUUGAACAGAGCAUGGACAUUGAAAACAAAGACAACGCAAUUUCUGGCAUACGCAUUCGAUGUACUAAACCUUUCAAUAUCAGAAAACGAUCUUAAAUCAAUCUGCAGAGCCUUAAUAGAAUCAGCAAAGACGGUGAAACUACGAUUCAAAGAAGAUAAAUCGAAAUUCAUGGUAUUGACAACACCACAAAAGAAAAGAGGAAUGAUAAUUUUGCCAACACAACUAAACGAUGAAAAAGCAAUGAACUUAAAGAAGUUCAAAGUACCCGUAAUAAGCGUAAGAUUUUUCUCCAUGGUUUUAUAUCAGUAUUGUAUGCUGCUUGAAAUAUUUCCAAUUUGUUACUUUGGUAAUGAAGUUAUUGUAGAGAGUGACAGAUUAACCAAUUCAGCAUAUCAUAGUGACUGGACAAACUAUUCUUUUCAAGUUCGGAAAAACUUGAUAUUUUUCAUGACGAGAUCCCAAAGACUACUUAAACUAUACGCAGGAGGAUUUUUCACUAUGUCUUUGGACACAUUCAUAAAAAUUUUGAAAUCAUCCUGGUCUUUCGUAGCAGUUCUUAUUCAAAUACAGAAUAAGAAUGAGAAUAUUGACUAAGCAACAUGUUCACUAAUCAAACAAGACAUGCAUAUAUUAUGACAUAUUUUUGUGUGCCAUUUUUGAAUGAUACAUGCACUUCAGUUUUGAAAAUAUAUUCAAGUUAAAAGAAGUCCAAUAAAGUAAUUAAAGACAAGUGGAAUUUUAAUUUAUACCCAUCACAUAUGCUGAAAUUACGCACGACAUCCUGAAUAUUAUAGAAACAAA